CCGGCGCGGGCGGCCGCCCCCUGGGUGGAGGCUGAUGGGCAUCGGUGCUGCCAUGGCGGGCCCUGCGCCGCUCCUCCUGCUGCUGCUCUGCGCCGCCGCGGGACCCGUGCUGGGCUGGGACCGACCGGGGAAGGUUCUGCUGCGGGAUGUUCAGGUGCUCACUUUCCACAGAGGGCAAUACACGACAUCCAGGCGGACAGCCGCACUCCCUCAGCUCCAGUGCACAGGAGGCUCUGCGGGGUGUUCCCGUGUCCCUGAGGUUGUUCAGUGUUACAACGAAGGAUGGGAUGGCUAUGAUGUACAGUGGCAGUGCAAAGCAGACUUGGAAAAUGCAUACCGUUUUGGACAACUAGAAGUGAGCUGUGAAGGCUACGAUUACCCGGAUGAUCCUUACAUCCUAAGAGGCUCCUGUAGUUUGCUGUUCAGGCUGGAGCUGACUGAGGAAGGUGAAAGAAAAGUGAAGAACUCCGGAAGCUUUGGCUCUAGCUAUUACCAGUCAAGGAAAGAUUAUUCUGAUUCUGGUUCUGGAGCAAUUGUUGUAAUUGUUCUUCUCAUUCUUGCUUUUGGAGUAUACAAGUUCUUCCUCAGCAACAACCAGCAGUCUCAGCAGAGUUCUGGGGACAGUGAUGGGUUCUCUCGGCCCUUCUGGCAGAGGCAGCAGGCACCUCCUCCUCCUGGUUUUAAGUCCACCUUCACAGAUGACAGCAGCUUCGGAACGCAUUCCCAUCAUGGAACCAGUUCAGGACCAGGAUUUUGGACUGGAUUAGGAACAGGAGGCUUGCUAGGCUACUUGGCAGGCAGUUACAGAGCACAGCCGCGUUCCCCGUAUCACAGUAUGUGGACAGAUCCCACAGCUGCACCUCCUAUGAACGGGUACUCAAGGAAUUCCACAGAAGGCAGCAGUUCAGGAACAAGAACUGCUUCUGGCUUUGGGGGCACAAAACGAAGAUGAAAUCCUUGACAUUAUUACAUCAGAGUGAUUGAACUAAAUCUUGUUGUGUACUUGUACUUCUUUUAGUAGUAGUAUACUUCAGAAGUGAAUAUGAGGUAUGAAGGACUAGGCAAAGAAUUCCUCACUUUCUCUGUGGACUCUGACUGCUGUUUAGGGUAUCACAGGUGCUGGAACAUCCAGUGUUUCAAAUCAGCAGCAUGUCAUGCAGAAAAAGCUCAUCCAAGUUAAGAAGAAUGAUGUUACAGUGACUGUACUUGAGGGAUUAUGGCAAUGACAGCCUUACCAGAUUUUCAAAGCAUGUAUCUUACUACUCAUGUUCUGGGUUUAAUUUCAUUUGAUCCAGGAUUUCUGAUAUUCUUUUCCUCUUUCCUGGUAGUCCAGCAUCUACCUGAUACGUAAGAAGGGCUGUUCUUUGAAGCUACUUUUGUUCACCUUUGCAGAAUUCAUGUGAACUUUACUGUAAGUGCAGUCAGCUACUCAGAUAAGUGUUGGAGUUCUUCCUCAGUGGACAAGAGCAAAACUGUAUAUGAAGAGACUAAUAUUUGUAUCUGUGCUGUGUGACUGUUGGAGCCAAAUUGUGCAGAUUCAUGGAUUCUCAACGUUUUAGAGCUUAUCCAAGGUGACUGUGCAAAUCUAUUGGAUUUUGUCUCUAACUUAUGGGGGUAAAUAAAUAAGUAACCUGGAAAUUUGGACCUGUUUCUGGAAGACCGAGGUAAUUUAAAUUCAGAUGAUUACAGAUAGUUUGCCUCCAUCGAGGCCACAGACUUUCCUUUUAAUGGUGGAUGUUUGCAGUGCUGUGAAAACUUGUGAUGUGAAUGGUCUGUCCUGCUAGAUGACCUGUCCAGGGCACAGUAAAGCAUUGAGAAAGGGAAGGGAAUGCUCUUAAUGCAAAGAUGGUGGAAUCUCUGGGACGCAGCAGGCCUUGAUACUAAGCAAAGAAAGGAACUUGAAUAUCUAACAGGAUGUAAACUUCCCCAACUGUGGUUAUUAAAACAAAGUGCUGUCAAAAAGUGGGAAGCAGAGAGGCCUUGCUUUGUUCUGUGAUGGUAUUUUGGGGCCUGUGAAGUGUCAUACAGUAGUUCUUCGGUGAUUUACUCUCUCCUGGGAGAGGCAUUGCUGGAUAAAAAGCAGAGAAAUUUCUCAGGGUUGUGGGGAGAGAGGAAGAGUGAAAAACGGGCUGCUUGAUUACCAGCUCUUCUCCUGAGCCAUGCUAACAGAGUGUAGAAGUGUUUGUGUGUGCACAGCUCGCGUAUGCUGGCAGCAGCCAGAGAAGCGCUAUCUUCCAGCCUUGUGAAAAUACUGUGUCUGGGAGCUGAUACCUGCUAUUACAGCAAAAGCAAAGCACUGCUGAGCUGAUACAAGGUGCAUCUGCACAAGGAGAUUCAGUAGGUCUGGUUAGUCUAAGAAACUGACUCCAGCAUAACUCACCAGAGAGCAGCCAUGUCCAUUCGUGAGUACAGAAGCUCAUAUGGUAACACGCAAGUUCGUUGUGUGGCUUAAGCAACCAAAAGAGAGAAAACAAGAAAAGAAAACAAACAAAAAAUACAUAAGCAAGCAAAACCAGCAAAACCCAGACAUCUUUUUGAAGCAGACAGACAGAAAAGGUGGUUCAUGAAAAAGUGCUUGUACUUAGUGUUAUUUUGAAAGUAUCAAAUGAAAUUGAUAAUUUGAGGGUAAAGUGAUGGUUUGCUUCUCAGAGCUCCCUGAGGGUUGGGGGAAAAUAACUGCAUUAAUAGCCUGCACUAUGAACCUAAAAAGGGAAAGCUCUACCUUUUAUGAGAAGAAAGUCCAUGGUAAAUCUUACCUUUAUGACAUAGUGUAGCAAAAAAAUGUAUUUUAAAUAUGGAGUCUUUACUUAUUUUUAAGUGUAUUCAGGUUAAGCUGGUCACAGUCAAUAAUUAUGCCAACUAAUCGCAUAACAAUGAAACCAGAUUUUUUCUAACUGGGUAGCUUGAAGCCAAAGUUUGCUCUCAAAUUACAAUAUGUUAUGAAAUGUUUUAGACAAUGUUUACAUUUUUAUUUAUGUAUUUAUAGUUUCUGCAUGAAAUGUGAUUUGAUACCUAAAUCUGAUGAAUUACAUAGAUUCUGAAUCUGUAGGAUAUUUUUGCCCUUCCCUUUGAUAAAGGAAUGAAAUAAGUGAAUAAGGAGUAUUUUUGUUUUUAAAUCAGUGUCUUGAGGCCUGCAGGGAUGGAAUUGUGUGUUUUCUCAGAGUCUGUCUCAUCAUCCACUUCCUGGGUUGUGUAAUACCAUCCUUUACCCUCAGAUGCAGAGUGGGUAAGCUGUAUGUUGUUUCAAUAAAAUAAAACAAUACUAGGAAUAGA